AUGAAAUUGAUUGCGGUAAGCUUAGACUCCGAUUUGAUGAGGUCGUUUGGCCCCCUGGAAAGCCAUAUGGGCCAGGAAGAGGACCCAAGAAAUCUGGGGAUUCCGCUUGUGCAUCCUGAGAAGUUGGAGGUCUGUGAUUCGUUGAAUCGACCGACCGAACAGGCCAUGGUGGGAGCGUUGAGACGGACGACCGCAGCUGGCGAACUUCAUGCUCAAGCUCUUCGAGCCGCCUAUAUGCUUUGA